GCCGCGGGGGGGUGGGGUGGGGAGCCAGCUCUACGCAUGUAAUGGAGGGAACCAAAAGGGCGCCGCGGGGAGCUGUUCACGGGGCAUGCGGAUGCGGAGGGGAGGCCUGCUUGUUGCAUGCAACUGGAGGAGGAGGAGCUCCGAAGGAGGGAACGGGCGAGCCGGCCGAGGGAGGAGGCUACGGGAGACGGCGCACUCCGGGAAGGAGAGGAAGGGGCCGGCAUGCACGCGCCGCCAGCCCGCCCCGGGAAGCUCUGGGAGGAGGAGACGGGGGCGGUUGGCGGAGACACCACUGGCGCUCCCCCACCCCCUACCCAGGUCGCCUUUUGCAGCACGUCCCAGUCCCCUUCCUCCCUUCCCCCAGCCCUCCCCCUAGCCCUCCCCCUCCCCCUGUGGGGGCAGAGGCGCGAGGCUAGGGGGAGGGCGUGGGAAUGGCCUGACGCACGCGGCUGCCGGCUUCGUCUCGCGCCGUAUUUACGCUGCAGUCACUGCCGCCGGCGGCCGUUGCGGCCGUUGCCGCCGCCGUCGUCGCCGUCGCCUCCUCCUCCUCCUCUCCCCCCCCUCCUGCCGUAACGUCCUGACGCUCCGCAGGGACCCCUGACUGGACGGACGGGAAAUUGGACACAGGAAUGUUGUAUUUUGAUGAUGGGUCGGAAGUUAAGUUUUCACUUUGGGAGAAAUCCAGCAGGCCAGAGUUUCUCCUUGAGUAAAUAUCCUGCAAAUUCCUCAGUUUUGCUUACGGCCGACCCAGCUCCCAAAAACCACAUGAGGAAAGUGUGCGUCAGAGCAGUAUUUGAACCACUGCCUUUUUGAUUCCCAAGUCCAGUAUUUUAUUUAUUACUCUAUUCUGGUAAGUAUGUAUGGGUGUUAUUGUUCCCAAUCCCUGUGAGAAAAAGCUUAUGUGGCUGCAUGUGUAAGCCCUUGAAAUCUUGAAGAAUCACUCCUGAAAACACCGUGUACUUUCUCAUUGUUUGCUUAGAAAUGCCUGAUAGUUACGCGGCGUAGCAAAAUAUUUGGGUCACCUGGAGAAACAUUUGUUCUUUCUCCUCCUGCCCAAGGUUCCAACUUGACGUUUCUGGUAUCUCAAUGCCUUAAUUCUUAGAAAGGUUUCUUUAGUUAGAUGUGUAAUCCUCAGUCCUUUAAUUCUGUCAAAUUGUAGGUCUUUCUUGCAGCCACCAUGGAGAGGUAUCCAGAGUAGGGGGAGUAAUUUCCUCUUAAUAAAUUGUUUGGGGAUGCUAAGGUAAAGAAGGUGGGACUCUAGGAUUGCACUUUACCACGAUCCUGAAGCAAUAGCGAGCCCAAGGGGCAGCUGGAUGACGAAGUGGAUAGAGCACCGGCCCGGGAUUCGGGAAGACCCAAGUCAAAAUCUGGCCUCAGACACUUGACCCUAGCUGUGUGACCCUGUGCAAGUCAGUUCACCCCAUUGCCUCCCCAAUAUAUGUAACAAUAGCGAGCCUAGCUCCUUGAUUUUUUUUUUUAACAAAGGCAGAGUGUUCCAUUAUGUAAGCCAGAGAGGAAGUAGAGAUAGUAGAAGUGAAAGUGGUCUUGAGUCAGAAUAUCCAGGUUCUACUUGGCUCUAUUCUGGAAAGUUCUAAUUUUUCUGAGCCCAGGUUUCUUCACAUGUGACGUAGGUAGAAUAGAUAUGAUUAUUCUCAUCUCAUCAAGUUGUGAGAAAAGUGCUUUGUAAGCUUUAAUGUGCUACAUAAAUUAUUAUUCCAAAAAGAUUCCCCCAACUGUACUUGUAAAAUUUAAAUGGACUUCACUUAGUCCAAAGCAACAUGGGGUUUGCAUUUAGGGGUGUGUGUACAUGUCCUGUAUUACAAAAGAAGCUUAGUGAAAUUAUUCCCUGAAAUUAUUCCACUUGUAAAAGGAACCUGUCCUUUAAAAUAGUCGCUUUAUAAAAUAUAGUAAAAGAUAAAGCUUUUUUUU